AUGGAUUGCAAUAACGAAGAAGGUUACAAGAAUUUGCGGUUGCGGGCAUGGAGUGACACAAAACCGAUAGUGGACCUUAAUUCCAUACUAGGCGACAGUCAUAGGACACGGAUCGAAAUGACUCCGUUCAAGUGGUGUGUUUAUAUGAACAGUCCAAUUGACUUCUGCACUCCUUUGUUGAAGGAAAUGGUUAGACGUUGGGUUAGCCGCAACGAAUCUUUUGUUUUGAAGCAAACAAUGGUACCAUUUACAGUAGGCGAUGUUUGCAUGGUUUUAGGGUUGGGUGUUGGUGGUUUAGAUGUAAAUUUUGAUGAUGACUUCGAUGGUGUUGUUUGUCAUCAAUUUUCGUCAAAGUCAUUCACUGUAAAAGAUGUCAUACAUAGGAUAAAACAUUCAAAGGCAGUUAGUAACAUGCCUUUUAGAGUAUUAGAUAACAUUGAUAAUUUGUACAAAUAUAAUUGGGCAAAAGCUGUGCACACAUUUGUCCUAAAUAGUUUAGGAAAUGCUUCAAGGAAGAUAAGGCAAGGUCACAUAAGGGACCUCGGUCUUAGUGGGAAUGUUGCCGUGUUGCAGCUAUGGGCGGUCGAACGUUUGGGUUUAGCGGACGGUGCACAUGACAUUGUCUUCCCGCGAAUAAUGAAUUGGCGUUCGCUUAAGUUAAGGUGUAACAAAAUAGAGGAAUUGUUUAAACGGAAAGAGAUAUGUUGGGAGUGGUUUUUGCGGGACGAGGACCGUCAAAACUCAAUGAUUUGUGCGGCCCUUCAUUUGGAAGAAGGGUCAAUAGCGGAAGAUGAUGGAGAUGAGUUAGGGUUAAGUUGGGAACAAGUGGUCAUGAAGAAAAUUGAAGACAACCAAAGAAAAAUGGUUGCAAUGGAUAAAGAUUUGAGAAGUUUGGCUACAUUGGUCGGUGUUGGGAAGGAAGAUUAUGAGAAAGGGAAUGAUGGUAAAGAAGAGGAUGGUGAUGUUGAUGGUCAUGGUGGGGCAGGGCAAUGUUUUCAAACAUUCACGUAUAGUGAUGUGGGUGGUUGUUGCUCAGGACUGAAGGAUGACGUUGAGGACGUUAUGGAUAUUGGACCUGUUGUAAGCACUGUGGCAGUACAUGAUGACAGUGACGAUGAUAAUUUUUUGAAUGUAAAUCGAACACAGUUGUACAACAUGGUGAUUCCGUUUAAACUUCCUUGGAGGGUUGUUUCUGAAAUUUCCGGUCAAACAUUUGGAACCCAAGAGUGUUAUUCUUUUGGACCUAGGAUGCAGGUUGGCAACACGGGGAUUUUGUUUGCCACAUCAGUGUUCAUGUUCUUUGAAAGAAGGAGUACCGGAGUAGUGAAAAGGAUAUGUUUUAGUCCAUUAUAUGCGACCCAUGUUUUAAUUGAGUCAAGAAAGAGAAAGAGUAAUCGCAAAGUUUGGACAUUGAAUGACUACUCUCACUACUUCCAGUCUAAUAUCAUCGGAUUUGAUGACAUUGUUAAUGCCGAAUUUUUGUUUGUCCCAAUUAUCCAUGACGGCCAUUGGUGGUGCUACGCUGUGAAGAUUCCAUCAUUGGAAAUGUUUGCACUGGACUCUUUUGGGCACAAAAGAAAGGAACGACAAAAGAUUGACAAUGUCAUU